CCCCCUAAUGAUAUUUCCUAUGCUUAAAAUCUUCAAAACCCUAUCAAAAUACCAAAUCCUAAAUUCUCCUCCUUUUGUUCAUUAUUCACCAUGAAAAUGCACCUCAAUAGUGUAAAGAAAUGAGCUAAAAUCUCUGUAUUUUACACUUUACAGUACAUUUUUCAUCCCAAAAUGGCUAUUUCUUUAUCCCACUCUCCACAGCUAUGGACUUUCUCUUAUAGAAACACUAACCCAUCUUUCUCAUUCCCCAAGAUUCAUUCUUUCUUGCAUCAAAAUCCAAAAAUUCAAUUAAAGACUCAAUCUUUUCCAAUAUUACAAACUUUUAGCCAUCUGGGUCGUGUUCAAAGGUUAAUUAGAGCUUCUUCUUCUGAUAGUUUUCUUGAAGUAAUUGAAGAAGAAGAGGGUUUACUGGCUAAUGAUGAAAAACCAUUGAAAUUCUUGUUUUGGGUGUUGUUAUGGGCGUCUGUGUCUGUUGGUUUGUUUGCAGUUUCUGGGGAUGCUAAAGCUGCUGCUGCUGACUCUAUUCGGGCUUCAGGUUUUGGUGUAAAAGUUGCUAAUGCUUUGAGGAGUUCAGGAUGGCCUGAUGAGGCUGUUGUGUUUGCUUUAGCUACACUUCCUGUUAUUGAGCUUCGUGGGGCAAUUCCUGUUGGUUAUUGGUUACAACUUAAGCCUAGUGUGUUGACUGUUUUAUCUGUUCUUGGGAACAUGGUUCCGGUCCCCUUCAUUGUGCUCUACUUAAAGAAGUUAGCAAUUUUCCUUGCUGGAACGAACAAAUCUGCAUCGAAGCUUUUGGAUUUGUUAUUUGAGAGGGCCAAAGACAAGGCAGGUCCUGUGAAAGAGUUUCAAUGGCUUGGUUUAAUGCUCUUUGUGGCAGUUCCGUUUCCUGGAACCGGAGCUUGGACAGGAGCCAUUAUAGCUUCUGUGCUCGACAUGCCUUUCUGGUCUGCUGUUUCAGCAAACUUUGUUGGUGUUGUCUUGGCUGGCCUUCUAGUGAACUUGUUGGUGAAUCUUGGACUCAAGUAUGCCAUUAUAACCGGCAUAAUACUAUUCAUUAUUUCGACGUUCAUGUGGAGUAUCCUUAGAAGUCUUAAAAACUCUAUGAGCUCAUCAAGCUGAUAUCAAAUUCUGUUGAAGUUUUGAGGCGAUCAGUACAACCCGUUAUGGAUAGAACAGAAAUGGAGAAGAGAAAGAGAAGUCCUUUUUCUUUCUUUGCACCUCGACUAAUUCCACGGGGUACCUGGCACCUCCCACUAACAACAUGUACCAGGUAACUCUGUCCACCAAGGCUAGGACAGGACGGAUUUAGUACAACAAUUUUCCUUCACAUACUGUUAUUAUUUGUAUUGGGAUCCAUCAUAUCAUCUCUUCAAUGAAAAAUGGCUCAACAAGUCAAAUUAAGUUGUCUCACCCAA